AUGUACACACUUGAGCUUUUCCGCGCCAUUAGCGCUCGCACCAGCAAUCUGAGAGAUGUUCAGCGCCGGUUUGCCUCAACGCUGUGCCGAGAGCGCAGGAUCGCGGCGGACUACGCGUGGCCCCGCCGGCGCUUCGACGCCCGGCUAAUGUCGACCUCCAAAAACACACAUUCCGACAACGACAUCACAGCCGAGCAACUGCCCAACUCAAGAACGGAAUCGGCAAUUAGUAGCGAUGGCGGUGACCCCGUUGGCGCGGACUGCGGCAACGACGACAUCUUCGACCUGGUCGAACAACACAACGGCACUUCGAAGGGGCUAAUACAGCGCAUCUUGCCCGUCGAAUGGAUGCGCGAUAUGGUUGUUGCCAUGCACGACGCCACUGGGCUUUCGUGGGCGGCAACCAUCACAUCUCUCACGGUGCUCUUCAAGGUGGGAUUCGUGCCGUUGUGGGCCAUGGGCGAACGCGCUCGCCGCAAGAACGCGCAUCUCAUGCCAAUCGCCGCGGAGUUGCAGGAACAGAUCAGACAUGCGCAGAAAACUGGGAACGUGAAGCUGGCAAUGGAGGUGCAGAGAAAGCUAUACAAACAGAUGACCAGGAAGACAUUUUUGAAAGGAGCUGCGCUGCAAGUGCUUGCAGCCGGCACUCAAGGUUUGACGUUUGCCUGGGUAUACGGCGGCCUCAAGAUGUUUGCCAUCGAGCCCAGGCACUGCACAGGGUUCGUGCUCGAACAUCCAUUCUGGCUGAACAGCCUUGCCCUACCUGACCCCUACUACGUCUUCCCCGUCGCGCUGUGGUUCCUGAUGACGCUGGUAUAUGAACUCAACAGGAAAACCGCCGAAAGAAUGCGCAUGUCAGCAGGCGCCGUAAGUGAGGCUGUGCGAGAGCAGGAGCAGCGGCAGACCAAGCUGAAAUAUUUCACGAGGAUAGCUAUCGGAGUGUUCGCCUAUUUCAGCUGCAGCAUGACUUCAGGAACGUUCUUCUACCUGAUCCCAUCCUUUCUCUUCCAGACGGUCCUGAGGUAUUUGAGCCAGAGUGUCUUCGUCGCAAAAGCCUUGCGCCUCCCCAUACCAGCGCCUCCACCAGUACAGAAGCCCGAAACCAAGCAGCUUUUGCGUGUUAAGGGGUUUUCAAGAUAA